GCAAACAAGACUCCACAGGGGCCGCUACGGAGUUGUUACCCCUACUGCCACCAUGAUACCCCCAGCAGACUCUCUGCUCAAAUAUGACACCCCGGUGUUGGUGAGCCGGAAUACAGAGAAACGGAGCCCCACGGCUCGGCCACUGAAAGUCACCAUCCAGCAGCCUGGACCCUCUAGUACAAGCCCACAGCCACCCAAGGCCAAGCUGCCCUCAACUUCCUGUGUCCCAGAUCCUACCAAACAGGCAGAAGAAAUCUUAAAUGCCAUCCUGCCUCCAAGGGAGUGGGUGGAAGACACACAGCUAUGGAUCCAGCAGGUGUCCAGCACACCCAGCACCAGAAUGGAUGUGGUGCAUCUCCAGGAGCAGCUGGACCUGAAGCUGCAGCAGAGGCAGGCCAGGGAGACAGGCAUCUGCCCUGUGCGCAGGGAACUCUACUCCCAGUGUUUUGACGAACUGAUCCGGGAGGUCACCAUCAACUGCGCAGAGAGAGGGCUGCUGUUGCUGCGUGUCCGGGACGAGAUCCACAUGACCAUCGCUGCCUACCAGACUCUGUAUGAGAGCAGCGUGGCAUUUGGCAUGAGGAAGGCACUGCAGGCCGAACAGGGGAAGUCAGACAUGGAGAGGAAAAUUACAGAAUUGGAGACAGAAAAGAGGGACUUGGAGAGGCAAGUGAAUGAACAGAAGGCGAAAUGCGAGGCCACCGAGAAGCGGGAGAGUGAGAGGCGACAGGUGGAGGAGAAGAAGCACAACGAGGAGAUCCAGUUCCUGAAACGGACCAACCAGCAACUGAAGGCCCAACUGGAAGGCAUUAUCGCACCGAAGAAGUGAUCAUUUCCACAUGGGUCUCAGCAGGCCCCUUGCCCCAUAAGCCCAUUGUAAUAAAAGCCAGUUUCCAGAGUGAACAAGCCACCCCUUCCCUGGUCACCACUCAUGUCAUUGUUACAACUGUUGUCCCAGAGUCAUGAAACACCUAAGCCAGGUUCCUGGCUAGGCAAUGGAAGGUGGGAGAACCCGGUGUCCAUGUGCAGCUUAAAUUGGCCUGGGGCUUUGUCAUCUCACUAACUUAGGGAGCAAGUGUUUCCUCAAAGAGACCACCUUUGCAUCAAGUUCAGUUUCCAGCUCACCUUGUACCUUGGGCUUCUCUAGCCUCACCCUUCCACAUCACCUCUCUAAUGUAAGCUUCUGCACCUCGUUUCGGAGUUUGGUUUUGGACUAUAGCGUCUCAUUCCCACCCGCUGAGUCAGCAGGACCCUGUCCUUAGUGUCCCCAGCUCCAGGAGGAAAACAGCAGCAGAGUCAAAGCCAUGCUCACUGAGAGGUACAAAAGUCCCAGUGUCUUGAGAGCUGUCUGCACCCAGGUCCUCCCCACACCAUUUGAAUACCUUCUGCUGGAUAGCAAAGCCUGACUCCACACUCCCUAGAUAGCUAUAAAGGAAUAGCUAAGGAGGUACCCACAUCUCACAUGUAGUUCUAGAUGAAUUAUGGACUGAAGGCAAAUUUGUAGAUCCUGAAAACUGCAGCUCUGACCUCCAUCCCAGUCUAAGCUUACUGCAAGGCCUAUGAACCCCAACGGCUGUUCUGAGUUGACUGUAUCCCAAUACUCCGAUCUUAUUCUACAAGUCAUAUCUUGGACCCUCACCCAGUAUCCUGAGGAACUAGGCCUCCAUUAGCACAACCUGUCGGUGAAGCCAUGUUCCCGUCGUGCCACAGGCUCUGUGGGCGGUGCAGGAAAGCAUCGGUGCCUAGCAGCACUCCUGCCUCCAAACCUUGCCUGAUGUCUCUGAAGCACGUGUGCUUUAUUUAUAGCUCUGUAGACUCCUAGCCCCGUGCUACUCAGUAGUGUAAGAGGAACAUGCAUGUCUGUAGACACACACAAGACAUGCUGGAGGAACUAAGGGCCAGGUCAGGUGUUUAAAAAACUCUGGGGCUGGGGACUUCCUGUUGCCACAGAACUGGGGUGCGCCCUCACCACUAAGCUUCCCAAGUGUGCUGUGCCUUAGAGAUGCCAACUGGGCACAAGAAAGCGAACACAGUUCCUAAUGGCAUAUUUUUGUAUAAUUUAAUAAACAGCUUUCUCGCA